AUUAAGCGUAUUUUUAUUUUUUUAUUUAUAUAAAAGAAAAGGUUCAAAAAUUGCUAGUAAUAUAAGGGUCCGUCGACAGGUAUAGAGUAGAAGAAAAGGCGUAGGUAGUAGUGGUAGUAUUUAUGCAAUAGCAGCAACAUUAACCGUCCUAAAAAGUAAAUAUCAGGCAAAGAGCUGUUUCCGACGGUUUUUGUUUUUUUUUUGAGAAUACAAAUAAUUGCUUGUCAUUGUAUUGCAUUUCUCCUGUCUUAUUCCGCACUUCGCAUUACAGUCUUAUUGUUUGGAUACCUAGUUUGGUUUGAAAAGUUUCAAGUGGUGAAUCACUUGCUUAAUAGAUUGAUCCUUUUUUUUUACAAAGUUUUCAAUAAGAGACACCCAAAUAGGAUGUUUGAGUCUUCGUUCUUAAGAAAUGGCGCCCAAUUUCAUGGGAUUCAAAAAUCGGAUGGUAAUAAGACAUUCGACGUAUCAGUGACAGUUUUACAUGUGAACAUGGAGCAGUCGAUGCUCUGUGGGUUUUUUAAAAUUAGUGGAUUGAGUGGAAACAACUCGUCCCUUACCACAUACUUUGAGGCAGAAAUCAUUGGUGAUAAAUUUGGAUUUCUAACAAAAUGGCCGGAAUGGGGUGCCUCAGAAUCAACAGAUUAUAAGCAUUGGAAACGACUGGGUGCUUUUCAAUAUGCAAAGCGGAAGGUACCUCUGCGCAGGAUAAAACCCUACGAUCCUUGGAAAAAAGGAACCAUCUACAUGCGCUGGAAAGAAUUGGCAAUGCUGGAUAAAGUGAAUGAUUUCCAAUUUCGAAGUAGAAAUUCUUCAUCCGAUGUUAGUUUCGAAGGGUUUUACUACAUUGCCUUCUCUCAACGAACAGGUCGAAUUUCCGGGUACUACUAUCAUUACAAAUUUGAUCAUUUUCAAUACUUGGAAUUGGACCCUGUCGUAAACAGGAUGUUUCCUAUUUUAGAAUUUCAAUGAUUUUUCAACAACUUUUUCGAUGAGCAACCACUUGAUUUUAAUGAAGUAUGACAAACCCCCCUCUCUUUUUAUGCACUGAAUUAUGCUAUCUUCUAAGAUUUACGACAAAAAAAAUGACCGAUUUUUAAUCUCUAAUUUCCCUUUUUCCCUCUAAUUCUUUGCUUUGCUCAUUCCUUUCUUUUUUUUAUUUCUUCGCAAUAGCUCGAUUACAGGGCAAUUUUUCAAAAAAAUACAAUCUCAAUCAGUCUUUCGAAAACGGGUAUUUUCCGGAAUAUAUAAACAAGAGUUAUUAAUUACAAAGCAACUUUGUAAAUUCGUUCAAAUUACCAUUAUAUGUUCCGAAGAUUCUCUUUUAUUACAUUGUAACCAAUUGCUGUUCGUUUCUCAGUUUGCCCAGAAUAUCCAUUCAUGACUUACUUAAUUUACAACAUCGCGGCAUAAUGUAGAUUGUAAUACAUCGACCGCCACUUGUGUUCUUCUAAAACAGCGCUAUUUUAACAAGUCUAUUAUGCUUACUGUUUUCGACUGCUUGUGCAGAAUGAGCAUAGUCGUGUACUGUAACAAUUCUUGAAAGGUACCCAACCAACUCAAGGCGGUCAGAAGGCCAACAUUUUAUAACUCAGUAAUAAUGUUGUAGUCUAUAUAUUUUCUAAUUUUUCUCCUAGUAGAAUGAAAUAACUAACUUACUAUGAAUGGUUAAAUCUUCAUAUUAAU